GACAGAAACUCGAAGCCACACCUCACAUGAAGUUCUUCUGGGAGCAGCAGAUGGAUCUGAUGCAGUGAAAGAAAAUGGGAAGAAGAUCCAUCCCCAAGUGAUUAGAUUCGCCUUGUCUAUUCAUGGCAAAUCAUCAUCCGCUUACAGAGAGCUUCAAGAUAGUGAUGCUCUUAUACUCAAACGAGUGUUGAGUGAUUAUAAGAACUACUUUAAACCUAAAGCUGGGAUCAACAAGGAAAAUGUGGAAUGCCUGAGAGAGAAAAUAAAAUCCUUUACUGAAGUACAGCGGUAUGUAGCUAUUGUGAUUGACGAGAUGAACAUCCAGUCUAAUCUUGUCUUUGACAAACACUCUGACGACCUAAUUGGUUUUAUUGACUUGGGUGAUCCAAUGGUCAAUUUUGUUUAUGUCGAAGAGGAAACUUUUGCAUCCCAUGCUCUUGCGUUUCUCGUUAGGGGACUGUGCACUGACCUCAAACACAUCAUCGCAUACUUUUUCACCAAAGAUCUGACAUCCUUCCAGCUAAUGCCACUGUUCUGGAGAGCUGUGUCUGUCCUCGAGUUGUCACUGCAGUUAUAUGUAUGUGCAGCUGUGAACGAUUGUGCAUCUGCCAACAGAAAGUUCUUCCGCUUGCAUUCACAACUGGCACAAGAUUUGAAGUGUGAUGUUGUAUACAAAACACGAAAUGUGUUUGCAAUGUCACGCUUCAUCUAUUUCUUUGCAGACUCGCCUCACCUCAUCAAGACAGCUCGCAACUGUUUGUACAACUCCGGUUCUUGUUCCUGCAGCCGAUAUUUGUCGAACAAUGGCAAAUUCCUUUUGUAUCGUCAUGUUGCUGACCCCUUUUAUAGUGACCAGGAGUUUGCACUUCACACACUUCCCAAGCUAACACUGGAUCACAUCGUGUUGACCCCAUAUAGCAAGAUGGAAGUGAAACUGGCAACGCAGGUACUUAGCAAGUCUGUGAUGAUUGCUCUUCAGGAGAGUGGGAAAGAUGAUGUUCAGGAGACAGCUACAAUCCUGGCAAAAAUUAUGUGGACACCUAACUGUUUUAUCGCCAACAAUGGCAAUAUCAACAUUCAAAAAAAAAAUUCAUAUUUCUAGAACACAUUGGUAUUGAAGGAACUAGAUACUGUUCCGAAAUGUCACUUGCUCGAACCGUCCUGACCGCGUAUCUCAGUUGGAAGAGCAUUGGGCUAGUAUUCCAAAGGUCGUAGGUUCGAAUCCCACCGUGGCCGGGCAUAUUUUUCAAGCUCGCCCGGUGUGGAUAUGCACUCAGAGUAACAUCGCAAACACAUAUAGUUUUGUUUGACGAACGGGCAGUCCACGAUAAUUUUUGCCAGGAUUGUCUGAGAUUAUCACGUAUUUCAAACCGUCCGAUUCCAUGUAUUUAAGAGUGGAACCUAUGAUAAAAAUGCUUGUUUGUUUAGCAAAGGAGGCAAGCAAUUGGUAAAUCGGGUUAUUUUUAGCGUUUUUUUAACUUUCGGACUAUGUUAAGUGCCACUAUCACAUUACAUGUCAAGUGGCUUUUUUACGUAUAUCAGGAUUUAUAUACUAGAAAAUACAUGCAUACAGAAACCCUCGCCUUCCUGACAAAACCAUUGUAUUUUCCGAACGUGAAGUUCUAAAGUAGUUGUCAUGGUAACACGAUAAUUCUUUAAGAAUAUUCUUACAAAUGAAAAAUCGCCUAAAAAUAUCACUUUUAAUUACAAAAUUAUUAAUUUCCCUACAUAUAUAUGUUAGGUAUGUCAUUAUACGUAAUAUAAGCCUCAAUAUAAGGUAAAAUUCAACCACAAACGCUUCGCAAAACGUUUUAAAGUGCUGUUUAACUAAACUGCCUUUAAUUAAAUGGCUUUAUCGAUAAACUUUGAGUUGCAAUAAAAUGAUUUCAAAUUCUCGCUUGCAAAUAACUUUGCUUUCUUUUUUAUUUAAAUAAUUCAAUAUAAUAAAAAGGUGAAUCAAUAUUAAAGAUACACUGAGCGAAAUUAUAUUCUGUCUUGUUUAGUUGUUUCAUAUACGCAAAAGCCGUCGGGUUUUAAAGCCAUUAUAAAAUCAAUAUUUAAAACAAACUUACCUUCGUUAACGUCGGCUCCCUUCUUUUAGCCGAUUCUUUCGAAGUUUCUUUCUGAGAGCUAGAGCUUUUGAAAUUUACAAAAUAUUGCAAAAAUGCGAGUAAAAAUGAAAUAUAUUCGCAUGAAAUUUAUCAAUCAUGAAUCAUCAAAUCUUGAAAUGUUUGCUAUUUCGCUGUCGUCAUGCAGUCGCUGUAAUGCAAACUUUAAAUUGGACCAAUCAGUGUCCGCUAUUCAUGACAGUCCGCCAUAUUUUUGAGGUCAGUGAGGAUGACCACCCACCCAACACCGUUGGUGACCCACGCCCGCGAUAUUUGACGAACUUUAGACUCCGCUAAUGCUUUCGUUUCCCCGGGUGUAAAUAGCCGGGAGGAAUUAGUACCCACGCACGGCGCUUCGCGCCGUCGGCUCGGGGACAAUUACAACUUAGGCUGCAACUCUAAAAAGCAAUAUUUUCGUGUAAAAAAAUAUUGUACAUUAUGGAGAACGACGAUGUCUCAGUACUUAGUCAAACAGUGCAAAAUGUUCAGCCAAGGAAUGCGAGGUUUGUUUACCUAAUAACUUACAGCCAAGCAGAUCUAGCUUUAGUUCCUAAGCGUGAAUCAUUCGCAUUAUUAGUGAUACAUGCAUUUCAAAAUGCAGAUUCUUUGUCAGCCUGCAACAUUUUGCAAUGGGUUUGCAGCAUGGAGCAUCAUAGUGAUCGCGGAGUACACUAUCAUAUGGCUGUUAAGCUUGAAUCACGCCGUCGUUGGUUGAAAUUUAGAAAUUUUCUCGAUUCUAACCAUGGAAUAAAAGUGAAUUUCAGUGGAAUUCGCGUGAAUUAUUAUUCUGCAUGGCUUUAUGCUACGAAAGACGACAAGGAUUAUAUACAGUCUUCGAAUCACCCUGAUCUCACGAAUGGCGAUUUCCCAGUCACAAAUAAUGCUAGUUUGUGUUUGCAAAGUAACGCCGCAGACAGUGAAACUACUCCUGAUUCCCAAGCCGCGGAUGGCCACAAGCGAAAACGCAAGAGAAUGAGCAUUUUUGACGUGUCUCAGCUCGCAGUUUCGAAAAAAAUACGAACCCGACUAGAACUUCUUGCUUUUGCAAAUGAGCAGAAGAAUGAAGGGAAAAGUGGUUUGGCCCAGUUCAUUGCCAAUCGAGGAUCGAAAGCGGUCGAGGAAGCUUUGAUCGUUGGCUGGGAGUUGGAAGAGGCGGAAAAAAAGUUGGAAAGGUCGAAACUUACCAGGCUCGAAGUUCUGGAAAAAAAGUUGGAAGAGCCGUGCGUGGAAGGAUGCCUAGGGGAAUGGUUAGUUAUGGCCAUUGACAUCCUAACCAGAAACGGUAUCGACGUUAUGGUAUUUGCGGGGGCGUUACGCGUAUUGUUGGAGAAAGGUCGUGAAAAAUACCGCAACAUUUAUCUCAAGGGCCCAGCAAAUUGCGGUAAGACAUUUCUGUUAAACCCACUCAACCAAAUUUACAGCACCUUCAGCAAUCCUGCAACCACGACUUUUGCAUGGGUAGGAGCUGAAGAUGCAGACGUCAUUUUCCUCAACAAUUUCAGGUGGUCUAAGCAGAUUAUACCAUUGUAUGAUCUUUUACUCAUGUUGGAUGGUCAGUUAGUGCAUUUACCCGCGCCCAAAAGUCAUUACAGCAAAGACGCUACUCUCUCUAGUGAUGUGCCAAUAUUUUGUACGGCAAAAGAAGAAAUCAGCUUCGUUAAGGGAGGUGUGCUGGAUGCUACGGAAACAGAAAUGAUGAGAUUGAGAUGGAAUGUAUUUGGUUUUCAUGCAGAAAUUUCAAAAACCGAGCAAGUCGAGGCACAACCAUGCGCCAGAUGCUUUGCUGGACUAAUUAUUCAGAGGCAGUAAGACGAGUUUAACAAAAGUACUUAAUUAAGUGUAGAACCAAAUUGUCACGAAAUGUAACAGACUAGAGUUAUUUCAUUGCGUAGAUUCGCAUCCGAAGCGCUCACUAUUUUCAGAUUUGUUAUAACAAACAGAGACCAAUAGCGACUGUAGUAGAGCAUGUUUAAUCUAACGGUGACGUCACACGGUACACAAGUGUGUAGCGUAGAGUUAAAGAAUACACAGUUCAAUAUUUAUUUGUACCGACACGGCCGUGUACCGUGUCAAAUUUCAAAACUUUCAAAAUAACAUUGCUUACACAAUUUUUUUACAGUUUUAUGCAGUUAUUUUUAUUGAAUAGACGGGAGUUUAAAACCGCAGUACGUAAUGUAUAUAUUAUUAUAGUAAAAUCGAAUAUUAUUUAGUAUUUUGAUCUAAUUCCUUUUUUCCUUAGUAUCGCGGUAAUGCGAUUAAACAUAGUUUCGAGUGUCCGAUCAACAAGAUCAACACUUAA